AUGGAAGAAAUUUGCGCAAAAAUGGACAAAAUCUUAUUAGAAUAUUUAAGCUUAAUUUCAGCAUUACAAGAACAAUGGAAACAGAUCAGUACAAAUUUAGGGAGUGGUUUUUUUCAACUAGCUCAUGCAAGAUAUACAAUGGGUCCUCAUAGGUUAAAUCAAAACCAGUAUGAUGGAAGGAUGCAAGCUAUUACUCGAGUGUUGAUAUCUCAGAAAAAAGAUACCGACAUACUUAAUACUCAAAGCGAAUUUAUUUGUCAUUAUACUUUGACCACUCUCGAAGAAAUUACGGAUGAUCCUAAGGAUAAUGAUUCUUCAUCUCUUCGCCGACGUAUGAUAAAGGACCCUGAAAAUGAUAUAGCAAAAAAACAAUCAAAAAGCCGAGUUAUUGAAGAUCCAUUGCGCUGGUUUGGUAUUUUAGUUCCAUCAACCUUAAGAGAGUCGCAAAGGCACUUCAAACAAAGUCUUUCAGGUAUGGUUAAUAUAAUAAACCUUCGUAAUGAAAUUAUCAAUAAGGAAGCAGAAUACAAGUUGUUAAAAAAAGAGAAAGAAAAGUUUAUGGAGGAGAACCGAGCGAAACAUGCCAAUUCAAUGAAAGACAUUUAA